AUGGUGCGAAAGCUGUUUAGAUGGAUUAGCAAGGCGGGUGACGUGGCUAAAAAUCGUUUGAAGCGGCAGGAAGAGCAAGAAAAUGAACCUGCAGUUACUUCAAGUCGUAGGUAUAGGUUUGACUAUCACCCUGCGCAAAAGAAGAAACACCAAAGUCUUCCCAUAUCGCCAAGGAAGUCCCAGGUGGUAGAUUCCCAAGCAAGAACAUUUACCGUAGAUAAACGGCGGUACGCUGUGGUUGACCCAUUCAACUUUGGUCAUCACAGAAGUCAGUCCGCGGAUAGCACUCGUAACCUUGCGACAAUUUUGAGCGGUGAUUUCCAUUCUCAAAUAGAAGCUGAAGCCUUUCUAAAAAACCCCAGGUCGAUCGACGACAGCAGCCAUCAGAAGAUGAGAUUAGAGGACUUGGCCGAAGAAGUUGAGGAAGAGACUCCGGCAACAAUUCUGGUGGCGAAGAAAGAGAAAUUGACAAGGCACAGUCAACUCAGCAUCCAUUCUGUUCGUCACAUAACCAGGAAGUCGAUGCCAAACAGGUAUAACAAAUUACAUGACAAGACGACCGAUCGACCGAUGAACUUUCACAUUGCGCAAAUUAAAUAUUCCGAGAAUACGCUAAAACGGUCAUUAUCGAGUUCGGAAAUUGACCACAUGAAAGAAAUUUCCCUUGAAAUUACAUCCGAUGAAUUGUUGGCCGAGUUCAAGGAUAUGACCACUGUAAGCAAGUUCUACGAAUCAGAUUCGACCAUCUGCCCACUAUGCAAAAGAAAGAUGGCGAUUGUUGGCCACCACGCUCAUUGGUGUCAAUCCUGUGAGUCCAAAAGGUUCGAAGAAAAGUUUGGCACGUGGACGAGCGGAAAUGAUGACAUCGAUUGUUUCAUACUGGAAACUCAGCUUGACGCCAAAAGUUGCUUUGACUAUCUGGAAUGGAUACCUUAUGAUAGGCUUCGUGACGUUCGAUACGUUGGAUCAGGACGUUUCGGCAGCGUCUACCGUUCCAUUUGGAUUGAUGGUCCACGUGACAAGUGGGAUAAAGGUAUAAAUCAAUAUAUGAGGGAAGGAAUGUAUCCAGUCGCAUUAAAAUCUUUAGAUAAUUCACAAAAUAUUUCUCAAGAGUUCCUCGAAGGGCUGCGAGAUUUUUUACGCAGCGAGAAUAAUGGUGGAACUCACAUAAUACGAUUUCUGGGAAUCUCACGAGACCCAGAUACGAAAAAUUACAUGUGGGUUUUACAGUAUGCGCGUGAUGGCGAUCUCACAAGAUAUUUGACAAGGAAUCCUCUCAGCAUAACGUGGCAGAGGAGGUUGGAAAUUCUUUACGGUGUUUCCAUCGGUCUUGCCAGUAUACAUAAGAAGGAUUUAAUGCACCAAAAUUUACAUAGCGGCAAUGUUCUCAUAGACUCGCAUGUGGCAUCGAUUGGUGACCUUGGAAUGUAUGGGAGGUCAAAUUCUCUCGGUAAUAAAUCAUGUAAAGCCUUACCUUUCGUAGCCCCCGAAAUAUCACAGAACAAACCGUACACAAAGUCUGCAGAUAUUUACAGUUUUGGGUGUAUAAUGUGGGAAUUGGCAACGAACAAAGAACCUUUCGCCGGACAAUCACACAAUUCAUAUUUUGCUGUACUAGAGAUAGGCCAAGGUUUGCGACCAGAGAUAACCGAGAAUAUACCGGAUUGUUAUGCACGUCUGAUGCAAAGAUGUUUGGAGGGUGAUCCGUUGAAACGGCCAUCUGCCGACGAGCUUCAGGAGACCAUAGGAAUAUGGUUCGUAGAGCUUUGUGAUGCCAUUUCAACUGAAUCGUCGGCAGAAUUUCAAAGGGCCGAGGAAAGACGUAAAAUUCUAGUAAAAAUAGAGAAACAGAAAGGACAAUGUAUAGCUAACCAAAAUCAUCCCAGAGCUUUGUUAUAUACGAAUAGACUUGUAAAAUCAGACUUUUUUCCCCCUGAAACCCAUAAUCCGGCCGUAAUUAAACAUAUGGCCUCCGAAACUGAAUUGUAUAAUCUCAAAGCCGCUACCAUGCAAGCUGAUAACACGAGCGAAGCGGCCGAAAUAUAUGAUUUGAUCCAGUAUUGGUGA